AUGAGUCAAACCAGUGUAUUGGAUCGACUUUGGGCUCUCGAUACUAAUACGGUAUCUGACGCCUUGGAUUCCCUUAACCUCAAAGGGGCCACAUUUGGCUUACAACCGCUAUGGGACUGCCCCAAGAUCGUAGGACGCGCCAGUACAGUCAAGGUUGGCCCAAAGACGGAGUCAACUCUCACUGCCCAUCUCAUUACUCCAGUGAUAGAUGCGGUCACUUCAGAUGAUCGAAUUCUUGUCAUCUCUGGUGGCACGGAUGGUAUCUCUUGCUGGGGCGACAUCAUUGCUAAUGCCUCGAAAAUGAAGCGCAUUCGUGGAACCAUCAUCGAUGGCAUGAGCCGUGAUAUAGAUGGAAGCCGUGAAAUCGGCUAUCCAGUUUACGGCCGAGGCAUCACCAUGAUUAGCGCGCGCAAUCGAUUGGUACAAAUUGAGUCGGGCAAGCCUCUGCAGAUGCGAAGUGUUACAGUCCAUCAAGACGACUAUGUGAUCGCCGACAGGUGUGGCACUGUGUUCAUACCGGCAGAGCAAAUCGAAGAGGUCCUGGAUUUGGGUGAGAAGAUUGACCGUCGUCAGAGGUUUAUGGUCCAUGCUGUUCGUGCAGGCCAGCCUGUGUCAGAAGUGAUGCACGACAAGCAAUUCGAAAAUAUCAGCGACAUGGAUGCCGCAAACGUGCCAUCAGCGGCAGUGAAAACAUUCUACCCGCAGAAUCCCAAGAAAGCCAGUAUCGAAGACCAAGAACUGGUAGCGCUAUUCAAGGACUUGGAUACUCCCGCAGUUUCUGACGCGCUUGAUAGACUUGGAAUCCCGGGGCAGGCUCUCAAUAUCAUGCCUUUGGUGAAUUAUAAGAAGGUAACUGUUGGGCCUGCCUUUACCGUACGUUACGUGCCUGCAAGCGAUCCGCCCGGGAAUGUUGGAAACUUCAUUGAUGACGCUGCCAUCGGUGAUGUUGUAGUCAUCGACAACGGUGGACGCACCGACUGUACCGUUUGGGGCGAUAUCAUGACGCAGUACGCCGGUUUACGAGGCAUUGCUGGGUCUGUCAUUGAUGGUGUGUGCCGCGAUGUUAACCGUGCCAUCACCGAUGACUACCCUCUUUUCACGGCUGGACGUUGGAUGCGGACUGGCAAAGAUCGGGUUCAAAUAGGAAGCAUCAACGAGCCAAUCGGCAUUGGCAAAGUACGUGUCCAACCUCGGGAUAUUGUUGUUGCCGAUGCCAAUGGUGUGGUUGUUGUUCCACGAGAUCGUGCCCAAGAGGUGGCCGAGAUCGCGCAGGGAAUCGAGAAGAGUGAAGCUAGUAUCCGAGAACUGAUUGCCGGUGGACUCACAAUUGCAGUAGCGAGAGAAAGGCUGGGGUAUCAUACCUUGCAACGCAAAGAACGAGACUGA